AUGCGACGGUCGCCCAGGCGAUGUUGGCGAGGACGACCUCGGUGGUGGUAUCCCGAGGUCGACGUGGCUGAUCAGAAGCUGUCGUCAGCACGAAGUGGACUUGGUGUGUGCACUGUGCAGGUGACGAGGCACUGCACGCCAAUCAUCUGCGAGCACCUGCGAAGCGGGUGCGAUGCUGGACUGCAGGAGCAACGCUGGCACGCCGUCGACUUGCGCUGUUGUCACGCCGUCGACUUGCAACGUUGGCAAGCCGCGACUCUGCACUGCUGGAGCGCGGUCGACCAAGUCGUGCUGGCACAUGGUCAACCGCUGCGCUUGCAGUCAUCCUGCUUGCAUGCUAGCUCUGAUGCCGGCAGCUGUGCGGUAGUCACCAUGGUAGGCGCCGUAGGUGACACGGGGGUGGUGGACACCCUGGAGGCACGGCUGGAGAGCGCGAAGAGACGCCAUGAGGCGAAGGAGUUCGGCGACAUCCCUUGGGCGGUCGUCGACGCUGGCAUCCGUUCCGUGUGGGCGACGGAGCACCCUUCUCGGCCUGCGUCUCCUCGACCGGUGAACGACGAAGGCGGCGUCGACGUGGGCGUCAACGCCGGGGGCGACCAAGUCGGCAGCAGUGCGGGAGGCACGGCGUCGAUGUAG